CUAGUUUCUCUGCAAAGAUGAAGCUGCUCGUUUACUUAGUCUUGCUGAAGACAGCUCUCCUUGCUUUAACAAAUGUCUUUGCAGCUGUUUUAGACAUUGAGGAGGAUGCUAAAGAAGGAAAAGUUACUGAAACUUGUCCUAUAAAGCUCAAAACUAAUCGGAAAUGUGAUGAAGGAGAGGAUUGCCCGUAUCAGAUAAAUCUGCCUCCGAUGACCAUCCAGUUACCCAAAGAAUUCAGACUGCUUGAGAAGACUCUCAAAGAAGUACAGACCCUUAAAGAAGCAGUAAACAAGCUGAAGAAAUGCUGCCAAGAUUGCAAGCUGCAGGCAGAUGACAACCAAGAAAGAGACAGUAGUAAUGAAUUCCUGCUACCUAAUGCAGAAACUCCAGGAGAAAACAGCAAAAUCCAAGAUAACAGAGUAAAGGAACUGCAAAGCAAAGUUAACAGAAUGUCAACCAGCUUAAAAAAUGCAAAGAGCCAGAUUCAGACACUGCAGGGUCGUUUAGAGAAGAUGAGCCUCAUAAAUAUGAACAAUGUAGAACAUUAUAUUGACAGCAAAGUUGCUAAUUUGACGUUUGUUGUGAACAGCCUUGAUAACAAAUGUUCUUCUAAAUGUCCAGCAAUGCAACCAAGCCCUGUUAUACAAAUAAUGCAGAGAGACUGUGCGGAUCAUUACACAGCAGGCAGAAGGCAUAACGGAAUCUACAGGAUCAGCCCUGACCCCAGAAAUGAUAGCUUUGAAGUUUACUGUGACAUGCAAACCCAGGGAGGCGGCUGGACGGUGCUGCAACGGCGUCAGGAUGGUAGCACUAACUUUAACAGAACCUGGAACGACUACAAACAUGGCUUUGGAAACCUCAGCAGGGAGUUUUGGCUGGGGAACGACAAAAUUCACCUCCUGACAAAAAGCCAGGAAAUGCAAUUGAGAAUUGAACUUGAAGAUUUCAAUGGUAUCAGAGAGUAUGCGAAAUACGAACACUUCUACGUGGCCAAUGAAUAUCUAAAGUAUCGUCUAAGUGUUCAUGGCUAUAGUGGCACAGCAGGAGAUGCCCUUCAUUACAGCAAGCAUUACAACCACGAUCAAAAGUUCUUUACUACUCCAGACAAGGACAACGAUAGGUAUCCUUCAGGAAACUGUGGAGCGUACUACAGCUCUGGCUGGUGGUUUGAUGCGUGCUUGUCUGCCAACCUCAACGGCAAGUACUACCACAAGAAAUACAAAGGUGUUCGCAAUGGCAUUUUCUGGGGUACAUGGCACGGUAUUUCCAAUGAUAUUCCCAGCGGAUAUAGGCAAGCCUUUAAAUCAGUAAAAAUCAUGAUCAGACCCAAAAGUUUUGCGCAGUAAUUCUACACCUUUCUCUUAGCUAGUUUGCGUUUGGAUUGCACUCAAAAUCAUACUUACUCAGUAUUAUACUCAGAAUUCAAGUAUUCAGUUAUGUUUGGCAUAAAAUACUUCUAGACAAAACAGCAUACUUCCACAUAAUUUUUUAGAGAUGGUUUGACCCAUAUAAUGUAUUAAAAACGGAAUAAAUGUUUCUGAAUAGUUAUUGCUAAAACUUAGCACAGGUUAAGUCUUGGUAUCGUUAUGUAAAUAUUCUAAAUGUUGCUUUUGGUGCUUUUACUGACUGUUAUAUACC